UUGAAACAAAGAGGCGAUAACAUAUGAUAUUAUCUCAGCUUCAUUAAAACAGAUUCUAUCGCCAAUCAUUCGAGUUUGAUUUUAUCGUUAACAAGAAUUUUUUUUGAGAUUUCUCAUUUAAUGUUCGCACGUGGAAUUGAUCGGAUGGAAAAAGAUGAAGAAAGUAUAUUUCGCUGCUGUAGCAGGUAACAUUGGCCUGCUGUCAAUCGGCCAAUUUUAUGGUUGGGCAUCGCCAACCUUACCCAAACUGAUACAAGACAAGGAUGCUGACUAUCCUGUGCAUUUAACUGUCGAGGAAGCUUCUUGGAUAGCAGGUUUACUCAUGUUUGCUGGAGUUCUUGGCUGCAUUAUGUGUGCAUUAGUCGUGAAUAUUAUUGGUCGAAAAAACACUAUGUUAUUUGCAGCUAUACCAUCAAUAAUCAGCUGGCUGCUUAUAGCUUAUGCGACAUCGCCAAUGGAACUUUAUUUAUCGAGAUGUUUGUCUGGAAUAGCUUCGGGUAUUGCUUAUUCGGCCACGCCGAUGUACUUGGGCGAAAUUUCGCCGCCAAACAUUCGUGGUAAUUUGUCAUCCAUGUUGACGGUUGCUGCAAAACUAGGCACUGUCAUCGAAUACGUGAUAGGCCCGUUUCUCUCAGUGAAAAAUCUCGCUCUCGUGUCACUGACAGGUCCGUGCCUGUUUAUAAUCACUUUUAUUUGGGUACCGGAAUCACCGUACCAAUUAAUGCGACGUGACAAUAAACAGAAAGCUAUAAAAUCUCUCGUAUUAUUGAGAGGUAAAGAAGAUGUAUAUAAGGAGGCAGAGAGUAUCGAGAGAUCCGUAAAAACAGAUUUAGCUAACAAAUUUGGUUUUCGAGAGAUUCUAUUUGUGCCGGGUAAUCGCAGAGCUUUGUUAAUUAAGUUAUGUCUGAACACGCUUCAACAAAUGACCGGCAUUCAGGCCAUAAUGCAAUACGCUGAAACAAUCUUCGAUAUGACUAAUAGCAAUCUGGAAAGCAAAUAUUUGACCAUGAUAUUGGGCGCCUUACAAGUGAGCUGCACGAUCAUUUGCAUGUUCUUCACUGAUUGUUGCGGCAGAAAGUUGCUUCUGAUCAUUUCUUCCGUUGGUUCAGCGUGCUCGACCGCCAUAGUCGCGGUGUAUUUCACUCUGCAACACUACGACAUAGAUACCAGUAAUCUAGUAUGGUUACCCGUCAUUGGUGUAUUCAUGUACAUAAUCAUGUAUAAUUUGGGUCUGGCUCCACUACUAUCUACUUUAAGCGGCGAGCUGUUUUCCAUGAAUAUAAAGGCCUUCGGUAUUACGCUGGCGAUGGCAGUAGCCAAUAUUGUUGCCUUUCUCGUGACAAUAUUAUACUCGGUUUUUGCCGAAACCUUCGGCGUACACGUGCCAUUUUGGAUAUUCUCCGUGAACGGUUUCCUUGCCGCUUUAUUUGUCUUUUUGUACUUACCUGAAACUAAAGGUAAAACUCUGCAGCAGAUACAGGAAAAGUUGAACAAACCGCCGAAGAAGUGAGAAAGUAGCUUUAAGUAAGAAUUGUACAUAUUAAUAUAUAAUUUGAUACAAAAGUAGAUUUGUAUUUGUAUAUAUUUGUAUUUGUAUAUAUUUGAGA